UAAAACUACCACCGUUUCUCUCCGCCUCAGACCGUUUCAUUUCAGCUUCUUUCAAGAUGAUCACCACGACGGCCACCGCCACCGCCACCGCCACCGCAGUCGCCAUUGCCGCCGCCGCACCUAGUCGUCCCAGUCGUUCCGUGUUUCUCGGUGUCGACGUAGGCACCGGUAGCGCUCGCGCAGGACUUUUUGAUAAAGGUGGGAAGCUUCUGGGUUCUGCUAGCAGCCCUAUACAAAUUUGGAAAGAAGGCGACUGUGUUGAGCAAUCUUCAACUGACAUCUGGCUUGCAAUAUGCACUGCUGUCAAGAGAGCUUUAAGCCUUGCUGAUGUGGCUGGUGAAGAAGUAAUUGGAUUAGGCUUUGCAGCUACAUGUUCUCUUGUUGCUGUGGAUUCUGAAGGUCAACCUGUUUCAGUUUCUUUGAGUGGUGAUACAAGAAGAAAUGUAAUAGUAUGGAUGGAUCAUAGAGCUGUAAAACAAGCUGAAAAAAUAAAUUCCUUAAAUUCACCUGUGUUACAGUAUUGUGGUGGUUCUAUUUCUCCUGAGAUGCAACCACCUAAGCUGUUGUGGGUGAAAGGGAAUUUGCAAGAAUCUUGGUCAAUGACAUGGAGGUGGAUGGAUUUGAGUGAUUGGUUGUCAUACAGAGCAACAGGAGAUGAUACGCGUAGCAUGUGCACAACAGUAUGCAAAUGGACAUAUUUAGGUCAUGCACAUAUGCAACACAUUGAUGAAAAAAGCUCUAGAGACAUGGAAAUGGAAGCAUGUGGAUGGGAUGAUGAUUUUUGGGAAGAGAUUGGGUUACAUGACCUUGUUGAAGGGCAUCAUUCCAAAAUAGGAAGAAGUGUAGCCUUCCCUGGUCAUGCUCUGGGCUGUGGUCUAACACCUGAUGCUGCCAAGGAAUUAGGGCUUGUGAGUGGGAUUCCAGUAGGAACUUCACUGAUUGAUGCUCAUGCUGGUGGCAUCGGGGUAAUGGAAAGUGUGCCUGAAUCCGAAGCAAAAGAAAUAAUAGAAUCUGAUGACGAUGGAAUAUGCCGGCGUAUGGUUUUGGUAUGUGGAACUUCCACCUGCCACAUGGCUAUCUCAAAAACCAAAUUGUUUAUUCCCGGUGUGUGGGGCCCAUUUUGGUCAGCUAUGGUUCCUGAGUAUUGGUUGACUGAAGGAGGUCAAAGUGCAACGGGUGCACUAUUGGAUUACAUAGUCGAUAAUCACGUUGCAUCUUCACAUCUCGCAAAUCGUGCUGCUUCCCAAAAUAUUUCUCUUUUUCAAAUGUUGAACGAUUUACUAGCACAAUUGAUGCGUGACACUGGCGCUCCAUUUAUUGCUGCUUUAACAUCUGAUCUACACGUGCUUCCUGAUUUUCAUGGUAACAGGUCUCCGAUUGCGGAUCCAAAUGCGAAAGGAAUGAUUUGUGGUUUAAAUCUUGACACGAGUGAAAGACAGCUGGCACUUCAAUACUUUGCCACUGUACAAGGCCUUGCAUAUGGUACACGUCAUAUCAUAGACCAUUGCAAUAACCAUGGACACAAAAUUGAUACACUGCUUGCUUCUGGUGGGCUUUCAAAGAAUUUGCUGUUCAUUCAAGAGCAUGCUGAUAUCGUUGGUUGUCGGAUAAUUCUUCCAAGGGAAAGUGAGUCGGUGCUAUUAGGUGCUGCCAUUGUUGGAGCUGUUGCUGCAAAGAAAUAUUCAAGUCUGAGAGGGGCCAUGAAGGCACUCAAUGCAGCUGGACAGGUGAUCUAUCCAUCAGAAGAUCCGAAAGUGAAGAAGUAUCACGAUGCAAAAUAUCGUAUUUUCAGGCAACUUUAUGAACAGCAGCUUACUUAUCGUUCAAUCAUGGCUGAAGCAUUGUGUUAAAACUUCAAUCCUCUGUUUAAUUAACAAUACACAAACUGUAAAAAUGGUUUUACCUUGAAAAAAAUUGAGUUACAAUGUAUUUAACGUCCGUUUUUGUGAA